AUGGACCCCAACGAUGCCUCCCUAAUAUGUGCCGUUAACGUGGAAUGGAACGAUGCGCAUGGUGCUACGAUGCGGAAAUUCGCCCAUAAACAGACGACGCUAAGGCUCGCCCGGAACGGCAUGAAGGAGAUGUUCCUCGAACUGUCUGCGGAAAAACAGAGUACGAUACGUAUGAAGCUGAAAAGUGUACAGGUGCAUUCAAAGUUUAUGACUGAGGGGAAAGCGAGCAUCAAAUUCAACGAGGAAAAGUGCACGAUAUUCCUGUCGAACGCACCGCCCGGGUUGUUGGUACAGUUUCUGAAGAUUGUUUUUAUCAAGCUUACGAAUGGCAAUGGAAACAAUUCUGGGACGAAGGAAUCUGUAAACAAGAGUGAACUGCUGAAGAAAUCUCGCACACAUAUAUUGGCCGCCGGGAAGUCGCUCAAUCAGUACGACGAAAUUAGCCCCGUAACAACGAGUGAACUGAUCCGGGCACGGAAGUUGGCCCUCGGGAAGGGUUCCAUUACGACGCCAUCACCAUCUCAAAAGCGAAAGCGGCCAUCGGACGAUUCAUCCAGCGAUCGUCCGAAACCGAAAAAGUUGCUCUCUGAGGAGACUGGCAAUGAACCUGCUGUGAUUGAUGUAGUGCAGCUCAACCAGGAGCAGAAACGUAUCCUGGCCGCUUGUCAGUCGGGACAGAACGUAUUCUUUACUGGUUCCGCUGGAACGGGCAAGAGUUUCCUCCUACGAAAGAUCAUUGCCGCCCUUCCACCGGAUGGCACGAUAGCGACCGCUUCGACAGGAGUGGCCGCCUGUUUGAUCGGUGGCACCACGUUACAUUCGUUCGCUGGAAUUGGAACCGGAGAAGCCACGUUGCAAAAUUGCUAUGAAAAAGCAUCCCGCCCGAAUACCACCCAAGCAUGGCGCAAAUGUAAAAGACUGAUUAUUGAUGAAAUUUCCAUGAUAGAUGCAGAUUUCUUUGAAAAAAUUGAAGCAGUAGCACGAUACGUUCGGAAGAACGAUAAACCCUUCGGUGGUAUUCAACUGAUCCUGUGCGGAGAUUUCUUCCAGUUACCUCCGGUCGGUCGUCUACCGGAUCGUACCCGUACCGGACAAUAUUCCCAGGACGCCAACCAAGACGACGAAUCGGGACGGGUACGGUUUUGCUUCGAAUCGAAAAUUUGGCAAGAAUGCGUGCAAGCUUGGUACGAGCUGACGGUCGUACAUCGGCAACGUGACCAGGAGUUUAUUGGCAUCCUUAACAGCAUCCGCAUUGGACGCGUUACGGACGAAAUCAGCGAACGACUGCGUAAAACGGCUAGCCAGCGUAUUGAAACGGAAGGUAUUCUAGCAACGCAGCUCUGCUCGCACACUAGCGAGGUAGACGCAAUUAAUCAAGCCAAGCUGGAAGCACUCCGAUCCGAACCCAUAACGUUCGAUGCGAAGGAUAGCGAUCCGUAUAGCAGCAAGCAGCUCGACAUGAUGCUGCAGGCACCGGCUAAGCUGACGCUCAAGAUUGGGGCUCAGGUGAUGCUGCUGAAGAACUACAACAUUGCCGAAGGGCUGGUGAAUGGGGCACGAGGUGUGAUUGUAAAUUUCGUGCAAGGUUUACCGCUGGUGAAGUUUAAACAACGCGAUCUAGUGGUGCGCCACGAAAAGUGGUCCGUUAAGGUGGGUUCCGGAAUGAUGCUGACGCGCACCCAGCUUCCAUUGAAGUUAGCUUGGGCAUUUUCUAUCCAUAAAUCCCAAGGCCUUACGCUGGAUUGCGUUGAACUGUCACUGUCGAAGGUAUUUGAGGCGGGACAGGCAUACGUUGCUCUUAGUCGUGCCCAAAGUCUCGAUAGUAUUCGUGUGCUUGAUUUCGAUUUGCGGCAAGUCUGGGCCAACAUGAAGGUGCUCGAGUUUUAUCGCGAUCUUCGGAAAAGAAUUAACGCCGUGAACAACAUGGAACCGGUCGCAGUGAAACGUGGCUUAAAGAAAUCUCUAUCAUCUAUGGGACUCACGAAGUCGAUCAUGAACAAACCCUUGAUGAUAAUUAAAUAA